ACAUUAUUAUUAUAUAAACUAAACUCCAUGCACUCAAUUCCUGCAUCUCACAACAUAAUAAGCAAAAGUACCAACUAUAGCUUAUUAGCUAUACAGUUUGAUCUCUUUAAUCAUUUCGUUUCCGAUCAGCAGCGAUGGUCUUCGAGGCGGAGCCGGCGGCGGCGGCGGCCGUCUACGGGCACAAGCUGUCGUCGGUGGUGCCGGGCUCGGUCACGGGCGAAAUCGGCCGCGAGCUCACCGGCACGGACUUGGCGAUGAAGCUCCAUUACUUUCGCGGGGUGUACUACUUCAGGAGAAGCGAGGUAAUCGACGCGCUCACUAUCCUGCCUCUCAAGCAGCCCAUGUUCUCCUGGCUCGACAGGAUAUUCCCCGCCAGCGGCAGGAUCCGGAGGUCCGAGGCCGGCCGCCCGUACAUCAAGUGCAACGACUGCGGCGUGCGGAUCAUCGAGGCCAAGUGCGGCUCGACCGUCGACGAGUGGCUCGAAGGCAAGGACCCCUCCAAAUGGAGGCACCUCGUCUCCGACAAGGUGCUCGGCCCCGACCUCUACUUCUCGCCCUUGCUCUACAUUCAGUUCACCAAGUUCAAGUGUGGAGGAAUGGCAAUUGGAUUCAGCUGGGCUCAUGUGCUUGGGGAUGCAGUCUCAGCCACAAACUGCUUCAAUCUCUGGGCACAAUUACUCGGCAAGAAGUCCCCCUCCAAAUCCGAUAACCUCCAAUAUCCCCAAAAUACCCCUGAAAAUCCUGUGGCUGAGAAGUCAAUUCCACAUUCUGUUAAGAUGGUUGACCCUGUUGGAGACUACUGGCUUGCACCCAACAGUGCUAAGAUGGCAACUUAUUCCUUCCAGAUCACUGAAGCAAAGCUUAAUCUUAUCCGAUCGAAAGAGUCGGUUCGAGUCGGGUACUUCGAGAUAAUCUCGGCUCUAAUAUGGCGAAAUUUGGCGAAAAUUAGAGAGGGAGAAGAGUUGAACACGGUGACCAUAUGUAGAAAUGAUCAUUCAUCAAGAACCGACGAGAGCUUGAGCAAUGAGCAAAAGAUAUGCUCUCUCACUACUGAUUCCUCUCCUGCAAAGGUCGAGCUCUCGGAAUUGGCGAUGCUAAUCUCUGAAAAAGGGGUCGACGAGACGAAAAUGGUUGAGAGUUUCGUCGAGAGCGAAAGCGGUAAACCUGAUUUUAUUAUUUACGGUGCGAAUCUCACCUUUGUCGACAUGGAAAAGAUCGAGCUCUAUGGAUUGGAGCUUAAGGGACAAAAGCCUGUGCAUGUUGAGUACAGCAUUGAUGGGGUGGGAAAGGCUGGGACUAUACUGGUGCUUCAAUGUGGUGGUGAUAACAAAGGGAGAUUGGUUAAUGUGAUUUUACCAGAAGAUGAGAUCUCAAAGCUAAGGGAGAUGCUCAAAAUCGAAUGGGGAAUUGCUUGAGAUGGAUCGAAGUUGUGUAAAAGUUUACUACGAAUCAUAUAUUUGUCGAGAGAUCGAUUGUGCGGAUCAAUUACUACGUAGUGGAACAAAACUUCUAAGAAAUGUUCUUGUUAGGACAAAGUGUGCUAAAAGUUGUGUCUUGUAUUGAAAAUGUUGGUGUGAAGAGUUUACUAGUGAAGAAGCAACAAUUAGGUAUUGUGAAAGUGUUUUGUACUCCCUUGUAACUUCUAUACACAUAAUAUGAUGUUAUUGUGCAAGCUCUUAUUUUUGUUAUUAUGUAA